CCCAUUCCCGUAGCCAUUUUGUGGCGGAGGGGCAGGGAAAAACUACAACUUUCCGGGCGACCGAGGAGGGCGAUUCGGUGGUGCUCCGGAGCUCGCUGGCUGCCCGGCCUGCCCCUUCUGCUUCUCCUUCUCCUUCUUCGGGCUUCCACCUCCUCGCGCCCUGCACACCCACCCGCGCCUCUCCUUCCCCGGCGGGAGAUGUAGCCGGACGAGGCUCGCGCUUGGCUGGCUGGCGAGGUGGGGGCGGCGGGGAGGGCAGGGAGGACAAUUAAAGCGGCUCUUGCAGACGCAGACCGGGGAAGCAGCGCUGGCGGCGGAGCGUGCUCCAGCUUUCCUGGCCGGGGUGGCAUCCGCAGCAGCAGCAGCAACAGCAGCAGCCCUGGUGCUUCUGGCCGGGCGAGGACAGCAGGUCGCGACGGUGAACCCGGACUGGGCUGCUCGGCUUGCAGCUGCGGGGAUGCAUUCUUUUUUUUGCGGCAAUCGAGGCUGAAGCCCGGACCCUGCUCCGUAUCCCCCCUGGCCUUUUUCCUCUCCCCCUUUGCUGCCUCAUCGCCCGGCCUUGCCUGCCGCUCUUCCUCUAGAGACACAGAAUAUAAUAUUAUUAUUAUUAUUAAUUAUUAUUAUUUUUUGGUUGCAAAAUCGGGCUAUUUAAAGUUGCUGCUGGAGAGCUGCUCUCAUUGGUUGCAAGGGGGACACACUGAAGAAGCAGAGACUCGCAUCGUGUGUGUGUGUGUGUGUGUGUGUCUGUGUGCAAAAGGCUUCGGCGCUGCUGGAGUUGUCUGUGCUGCAGCGGUGGAAACGUGACUUCCAGCGUUUUUUUUAAAAAAAGAAAAUAUCUCCCCCCCCCCUUUAAAUCUUUUUUCCCCUCCCCCUUUUUUUUGCAAGAUGUAAACGGCACCUCGGACACUCCGGGCCUACAGAUCGCGUCGGGAAAGAGAAAUAAAAGGGGACAUCAAGGGCGUCUUUUUUUUUUUUUUGUGCGCGCGCGCGUGUGUGUGUGUUUAAGGGCGUAAAAUUCCCAUUAUGAAUGUUCCUCUCUAAAGUGAUUUUUGGGGGAUUGCCUUGCCUCUUCUUCCUUUUUCGACCCCGCCGCUCGGCAUAUUCUGGAUUUAUUGCGAGGAGGGUUGCAUUGUGUGCGAAGAAAAUCGGAUUACAAGAAACCACUACAAACGAGCAACAGAACAAGGAUUCCCCCCCCCCCCCCCCGAAUUGGCUGCGGCUUUUUAAUUCAUGAAGCAGUUUCCCCCUUUUGCAAUCGGAAGCUGGAUAUCAGAAUGAGCAAAGAAAGACCCAAGAGGAAUAUAAUCCAAAAGAAAUACGAUGAUAGUGAUGGGAUUCCAUGGUCGGAGGAGAGGGUGGUACGAAAAGUCCUUUACUUAUCUCUAAAGGAAUUCAAGAAUUCACAGAAGAGGCAGCACGGUGAUGGCAUUAAUGGUGACCUCAAGGGUGUGAAUGGUCUCCUUAGCAAUGGCCAGUCGAAAGGAUUAGGACCGGGGUCGGAACAUCUAGAGAACGAGAAGGACGACGCGUCACAAGUGUCCUCCACUAGCAAUGAUAUUAGUUCUUCAGAUUUUGAAGAAGGGCCAUCAAGGAAAAGGCCAAGGCUGCAGGCACAAAGGAAGUUUGCUCAGUCUCAGCCAAACAGUCCCAGCACAACUCCCAUAAAGAUAGUGGAGCCAUUAUUGCCCCCACCAGCUACACAGAUUUCUGACCUCUCUAAAAGGAAGCCCAAGACAGAAGAUUUCCUUACAUUUCUCUGCCUUCGAGGUUCUCCAGCCCUACCCAGCAACAUGGUAUAUUUUGGAAGCUCUCAGGAUGAGGAGGAUGAGGAAGAAGAAGAUGAGGAAACAGAGGAUGCUAAGGUAGCUUCAAACAAUGCUUCAUCUUCGUGCCAGUCGACCCCCAGGAAAGGGAAAACGCAGAAGCAAGUUCCAAAUGGGCAUGUCUUCAACGGAUCUAACAAGUCAACGAGAGAGCGAGAGCCUGUGCAUAAGCACAGAAUCAAAGAGACAACGCCAGCGAAGGAGAGACACAGCGAACACAGAUCUGAGAGCCGAAAAGACCAGACUGCUGCUAACCAUCAUUCUACAACAAACAUGAGCUUCUCUACAAAGGGGCUCACUUCUAACCACCACCACACCCAUCAUCGAUCGGCUCAGGACUUAAGGAAACAGGUCUCAAAGGUCAACGGUAUCACUCGAAUGUCAUCUCCGAGUGCAAACACAGCCAGUGCCAAAAAGAUGAGAGAAGUCAGACCUUCACCGUCCAAAACUGUGAAGUACACUGCAACAGUGACAAAAGGAACUGUCACAUACACCAAAGCCAAGAAAGAACUGGUCAAGGAAACCAAACUAAAUCACCACAAAUCCAGUUCACCUGUCAACCACACAAUCUCAGGGAAAACGGAAAGUAGCAAUGCAAAAACCCGCAAACAGGUGCUAUCCCUUGGAGCGGCCAAACCCAACAAUACCGCUGUGAACGGUGUCAAGGUCAAUGGCAAGUUGAACCAAAAGACAUGCACUACGGAGGUAGGGAGACAGUUGAGGGAGGGGCUCCGCAACUCAAAAAGAAGGCUGGAAGAAGCAAAUCACAUAGACAAAACGCAGUUGCCGACCAAGAAGUUGAAAGGCGCGGCCGGCGUAACGGAAGCCCAGAGCAAAAAGGCCCCUGUGGAGAAACCUUUGCUGAACGGCCACGUGAAAAAGCCCGGAAGUCAGGAAGUGCCACAGAAAAGCCUGGAAAGGAAUAGGCCGAAAAGAGCCGCCGCUGGGAAGAAUACGCCAGGGAAACAAGCACAUAACAAAACUGAAAAUGCCUCCUGUGAAAAUCAUUCUACCUCUCACACGGAGUCCUUGCACAAGCCACACGACUCAACGGGGAAGCCCGAGAAGGUGGGGAGCAUCAAGUCUGGGUGGGCCACGAAGGAGGAGAUCCCCAUCCUCCGGCCUUCCGUGAAGGAGUUCCAUGACCCGUUGAUAUACAUCGAGUCAGUUCGUGCUCAGGUGGAGAAGUACGGGAUGUGCAGGGUGAUCCCUCCUCCCGACUGGAGGCCUGAGUGCAAGCUGAACGAAGAAAUGCGGUUUGUGACCCAGAUUCAGCACAUUCACAAGCUGGGCAGGCGCUGGGGCCCCAACGUGCAGCGGCUGGCCUGCAUCAAGAAGCACCUCAAAUCUCAGGGCAUUACGAUGGAUGAGCUUCCACUCAUAGGAGGCUGCGAGCUAGAUUUGGCCUGCUUUUUCCAGCUGAUCAACGAAAUGGGGGGCAUGCAGCAAGUGACUGACCUCAAGAAAUGGAAUAAACUGGCAGACCUGCUGCGAAUCCCUAAAACUGCGCAGGACAGGUUAGCGAAACUGCAGGAGGCCUAUUGCCAGUACUUGCUGUCCUAUGACUCCCUGUCUGCUGAGGAGCACAAGAGACUGGAGAAGGAAGUUCUCGGUGAAAAGGAGACCCUGGAAAAGCGGAAAGGUCCUCUGGAGGUCCAUUUGGACAACAACUACGAAUUCCAGUCUCUGCCUCGUUACGAGCCCAAAAACGGACUCAUCAAUGGCGUGGUUCAUAAAAACGGCUUCCGGAACAAGGCGAAAGAAGUCGAAGUCCCACCGAAAACGGGCAGACGGCGACUCUUCUCUCAGGAAAAAGAGACCGUGAAGGAAGAAGAGGAAGACAAAGAUAUUCUUAGUGACCUCCACAAAUGUGUAUAUAAGGGAAGGUCUGUUUCGUUAACAGCCUUUUAUCGAACAGCAAGGAAUGUUAUGAACAUGUGCUUCAACAAGGAACCCACAGCGGCUGAAAUAGAGCAAGAGUACUGGAGGGUUGUGGAACAGAAGGAUUGCCAUGUAGCAGUGCAUUGUGGGAAAGUGGAUACCAAUACACAUGGGAGUGGCUUCCCUGUGGGAAAAUCGGAACCGUUCUCAAGGCAUGGGUGGAACCUGACAGUCCUUCCUAAUAACACAGGAUCCAUCCUGCGUCAUCUUGGUGCUGUACCUGGAGUGACAAUUCCUUGGCUAAAUAUUGGCAUGGUCUUUUCUACCUCAUGCUGGUCUCGAGACCAAAAUCACCUUCCAUAUAUCGACUACUUACACACUGGUGCUGAUUGCGUUUGGUAUUGCAUUCCUGCUGCAGAGGAGAAAAAACUUGACAAAGUGGUACAUACCCUGCUGCAAGCCAAUGGCACUCCAGGGCUGGAAAUGCUUGAAAGUAAUGUCAUGAUCUCCCCCGAGGUGUUGAGCAAAGAGGGGAUCAAGGUGCACCGUACUGUACAACAGAGCGGGCAGUUCGUUGUCUGCUUUCCCGGAUCUUUUGUGUCUAAAGUGUGCUGCGGCUACAAUGUCUCGGAAACUGUGCACUUUGCUACCACCCAGUGGACGAGCAUGGGUUUUAAAACUGCCAAGGAAAUGAAGCGGCGCCACAUACCUAAGCCAUUUUCGAUGGAGAAGCUGCUUUACCAGAUAGCGACAGCAGAGGCGAAAAAAGAAAACGAAUCGGCUCUGAGUACAAUAUCGGCGCUUUUGGGAGAGCUCAGGGACACAGAGGUGAGGCAGCGGCGGCAGCUGUAUGAUGCAGGCCUCCAUUCUUCUGCCCGCUACGGUAGCCAUGACAGCGGUGGCGGCGGCGGUGGCGGCGGCAGCUCGGGACUGGAUGGGAAGAAAAAGCCUCGGAAAUGGCAACUGGAGACAUCCGAGAGGCGGUGUCAGAUUUGCCAGCACCUGUGCUACCUGUCCAUGGUUGUACAGGAGAAUGAAAAUGUUGUCUUCUGCCUGGAAUGUGCCCUCCGGCACGUAGAAAAACAGAAGUCUUGUCGAGGAUUGAAGCUAAUGUAUCGUUACGAUGAGGAACAAAUCAUCAGUUUAGUCAAUCAAAUCUGUGGGAAAGUAUCUGGCAAAAACGGCACCAUUGAGAACUGUAUCAGCAGCAAGCCUACACCAAAAAGAGGACCCCGGAAGAGAGCGACAGUCGAGGUGCCAUCAUCCAGACUUUCAUCCUCCAGUUCAUCCAAAAGUGCUUCAAGUUAAUCAUGAAGAUGCCAACUCUCUCUCUCUUUCUCUCUCUCUCGUUUUUUGUCAAUUUUAUAUAUAUUUUUUGUAAUUAUUAUAUCCUAGUUUGGAGUACUUGCUGUAGAAUACAAGCUGUCUUUGCACUAGCUCUAAAGAAGAUUUUCUUCUGGUUUUAGAGAACUAAUUUUGUUUUAGCAUUAAACUGUUGAAUUUUUUU